AUGUCGCUAGCUAGAAGCCCAACGCGGGAAUUCAUGGAGGAGCUCCUUGCUGCUGUCCUGGUGUGCCUCCUAGCCGUGCCCAUACUUGGCUUCCUCGGAAGCUACACGAGGCGGGUCCGUGCUCAGCUGGCCGUCCACAAGAUCGGCGACCCCGCCGUCGCCCACCGCGCGCUCAUCGACAACGCCGAUGACUUCUCCGACCGUCCCGCCGGGAUCUUCCCCGUGUCCCUGGCCACCUGGCGCGACGGCGAGCCGAACGAGAACGUAACCACGGUGAGCUACGGCCGGCAUUGGUCGGCUCUCCGGUGCAACCUCACGGCCGACAUCCUGCACCCCACGCGCCUGGCCUCGCUCGCCCCGCUGCAGCAGGAGGCCGCGCGGGCGCUCAUCUCCCGCCUGUCCGGCGCCGGCGCAGAGGUCGCCGACGUCCGCGAGCACAUCACCGCCGCCGUGUUCGCGCUGGUCGCGCAGCUGUGCUUCGGGGACGAGGCAGCCGUGGACGACGUGCGCGCCAUGGGGAGCAUGAUACGGGGGUUCCUCUUCGCCGCCGGGGAGCUGAGCCCAAGGUUCGAUGGCUCGGCUCUGUCCAAGCUCCUGAACUGGCGGGGGCUUCGCGGGAUCACCGGCAUGAUCCGACGGCAGGGCGAGCUGUACCUCCCACUGAUCGAGGCACGAAGGGGGCGGAAGCCACGGUCGCCGCUCUGUGUCGGUGCCGGAGGCGGCAUUCCAGUCCAUCCAUACGUCGACUCGCUCGUUGAUCUCCGCGUCCCCGACGAGGCGGCGGACAAUGCCCUGCGCGAGCUUCGAGACGGCGAGCUGGUGGGCCUCGUGCUGGAGUUCCUCGGUGCCGGCAUGGGGUCGGUGUCGGCCUGCCUCGAGUGGACCCUUGCCCACCUCAUCGACCAGCCGGAGGUCCAGGACAAGCUGCGUCGCGAGAUCAUCGCCGCCGAAGGCUCCGGCCAGAGCCUUCGCAGUAUCCCGUACCUCGACGCCGUGGUGCUCGAGAGCCUCCGCAUGCACCCGCCGGUGCCCUUCAUCAUGCACAUCGGACGAGACAGCAAGAUAUGGACGGAUCCUGGCAGGUUCUGGCCGGAGCGGUUCCUCGCCGGAGGCGAGGCGGAGGACAUCGGCCCGUCGCCCGGCCCCAAGGAGAUCAGGAUGAUGCCCUUCGGCGCGGGACACAGGCACUGCCCAGGCAUGAACAUGGGGAUGCUGAACAUCAAGUGCUUCCUUGCCGCGCUGGUUCGUGAGUUUGAGUGGGCGCCGUCGGCGGAAGACUGCAGCAAUGGCUGCAGUGGCGUCGACAUGACUGAGGUUGAUGGAUUUCUGAAGCUGAUGAAGAAGCCGCUUUCUGCGUGUGUCACGCCGACACACUAAAUAACCAUAUGUAUCAUCUCUAUGCAUGUGUAUUUUAUGUGUUUUCAUAUUAUCAUGUGCUAGUAUUUUCUAUAUA